GACAGAGAGUGUGAGAGCGAAGAGUGAAGAUCGGAGGUGGUAGAAACAUCUAUUCGAUCUUCCUCAGCAUCACAGGCUCUAUGCAAUCAUCGAUCUACCCGUGAAAGAAUGGGUCGCAAAGCAGGUUCGAUAUACAUUAAUCCAAAGAAAUUUGGUGCUUUUCACAAACCUUGCAUGAAGGAAAUGGUGACAUUUCUCAGUUGCUUGGCUCUUAACAGCAACUGUGAUGAGAAAUGUGUAAGGCAGAAGGACCUUUUGAGUACUUGCAUGGAUUCUCAGAGCAAGAAAAACAAGUCAAUGGGAAGCAUUAAUUACCACUGGCAGAGGCUGAGCAGGGGAAGGAAGUAGUUCGUGUCUUGUAGAGAGCAAACUUAAAACUAAGGUCUGAUUCUUUGGAGUCAUUGGGUGGCAGAUGGUAAGUUAGGGAAGCUGUUCUAUUGUUGCACCUUAGAAUGUUCACAUGUAAUUCUCCAUUUUGAUUGUAGCCUAAGCUGUGAGAAAUUAUGGAUAUAUUAUUUUCAACUAUUCUCUUGUAGUUGAAUGAUAUUUCAACGAAUUUUGUAAUAAUAUGUAAACCAGUCUUGAACAAUUACUCCUCUAAAGAAACAUAAUAUCUUUAAGAAAAGUUUAGAGAUACUGAAAUUAUAAUUUAUAAAGGUGUUACCAAUAUA